AUGGCGCAAGACGCCUUCAUCGAUCCAUGGCAUCCCGGAAGCAUGGACGAUGAUGAGAUGGGAAUGUCUGCUGGCAAAUACGCUCGGCUAGACGGUGUUGAUGAUUUGAAUGAAAACAAAGAACGAUACGCCCGGGAAAAUCAUAGCGAGUUCAGCUCCGAAGCCAGAAUUUAA